UAAAGAAAAUUAAAUUGCUAUAAUUUUGUUAAUCUUUUUUACUAAAAUCGAAAACAAAUUUUGCGUUUCAAGAGAGAACAAUCGUCAUUCUUUUGGUAUCUAUGACGCCAAUCUCCAGAAAUCUCCAGAUUGCGAUCCAGCGCCUCCAGUGAAACCUCUGGUAGAGCCUCCAGUCAAGAAUUUCUACUGGAGGCGCUGAAACAGGCCCAUUAUACCAUGCUCUUGCCUGAUCUGGCAAUAUAAGUCAUAAGAAGUUGCCACUCUCUUUGCUGAGAACGGCCCAAAGCCAUCCUAUGCUGGUAGAGCUGAAAAAUGGUGAAACGUACAACGGUCACCUGGUGAGCUGUGACAACUGGAUGAACAUCAACAUGAGAGAGGUCAUCUGCACAUCAAGGGACGGUGACAAGUUCUGGAGGAUGCCCGAGUGCUACGUGCGGGGCUCGACCAUCAAGUACCUGCGUAUUCCGGACGAGGUCAUUGACCUGGUCAAAGAGGAGGUGGUCGGCAAAGGUCGCGGUCGGGGCGACGGCAAGGGUCGCGGCGGCCAGCGGGGCCGGGGGCAGCGCGGAGGUUUCGGCGGCAGGGGCCGCGGUGGCCGCGGCGGCGGCGGCAGAGGCGGCGGUGACGGGGGCUGGGGCGGCGGCCGCGGUGGUCACCGCAACUAACCCGUCCCGGCACCGUCCUCAUCCUGAGCCCCAGGUCAGCCCGCUCUCACUGUUGGAGUCACCCCGGCCCUCCGCCGGCCGGUGAUAUCAUGUGUCAUGUUGUGUAGCAGUGUAUGUGAUCGCAGGGUCAUGCCUCAUUCAUACUGUGUACCUACUCAGAGCCAGUGACGUGAUAAUACAAAGCACGCUGGCGCGA